CGCCUGGGUCCGAACCCCCUCCUGGUUUGGCUCGUAGCCCGCAUCCCGGAGCUGUUGGCGGCUUGGGCAUCCGCACCCCGCGGAGGGGCUCCGGAGUGCGCCGGCGUGGCGGCGCCAGAGGCGGCCGGCAAGGGUGGUGUGCGGGCGAUGGAGCGCGCGGCGGAGCCCUGGGACCCGGAUCUCCGUGGCCCGGAUGAGAGGCAGCAGCUGAGAGGUGUCCGCACAGGUCUAGGGAGUAAGAAUGUGGAGCUUUCUCAAAUGGAUAAGUAUGAACAUACAUCACAAGAGGAUGACUUGGGGUUCAAAGAAGAAGAUUUGGCCUCAGGUCAUGAAGUGGGAAAUGCUUCCCUCAAACCCGAUGGCAUCCACACAUGGGAUGACUUAUGGGUCCAGAGAGAGGGGCUAGGAAAGCCUCAGCCUCGGGAUAAAGGUCCCCGCCUCCUGGGAGAACCACGGUGGGGCCAGGCUAGUAGUGAUCGGGCUGCUGUGUGUGGUGAGUGUGGCAAGAGCUUCCGGCAGAUGUCAGAUCUGGUAAAACACCAGCGGACCCACACAGGGGAGAAACCCUACAAGUGCGGGGUCUGUGGCAAGGGCUUUGGGGAUAGCUCUGCCCGUAUCAAACACCAGCGAACUCAUAGUGGUGAGAAGCCCUACAGAACCCGGCCACCAGCCCAGGGCCCCCCAAAGAUUCCUCGGCCCCGGAUCCCUGCUGGUGAGCGCCCCACUAUCUGUGGUGAAUGUGGCAAGAGCUUUCGACAGAGUUCGGACCUGGUAAAACACCAGCGGACACACACAGGUGAGAAGCCCUACAAGUGUGGCAUCUGUGGCAAGGGCUUUGGUGAUAGUUCUGCCCGAAUAAAGCACCAGAGGACACACCGAGGGGAACAGCCCCCUCAGCCAGUGGUGCCCCGACGGCAGCCCUCUCAGGCAGCCACAGCAGCUGUGCAGGGACCCAAGGCCCAGGACAAGCCAUAUAUCUGCACUGAUUGUGGCAAAAGGUUUGUGCUUAGCUGCAGCCUCCUGAGCCACCAACGCAGUCACCUGGGGCCCAAGCCCUUUGGCUGUGAUGUGUGUGGAAAGGAGUUUGCCCGGGGCUCAGACCUGGUGAAGCACCUACGGGUGCACACAGGAGAGAAGCCCUACCUCUGCCCUGAGUGUGGCAAGGGCUUUGCUGACAGUUCUGCCCGAGUCAAGCACCUCCGCACCCACAGUGGUGAGAGGCCUCACGCUUGCCCAGAAUGUGACCGCACCUUCAGUGUCAGCUCCACCCUUCUUCGCCACCGCCUCACGCACAUAGAGCCCCAGGACUUCAGCUUCCCAGGCUACUCCCUAGCUCCUCUAAUCCCCAACCCUCCCCCACCUCCUCUUGGCACAAGCCCCCCGCUGACUCCUCGAAGCCCUUCACACUCAGGUGAUGGGCCCUUUGGCCUUCCUGGUUUGGAGCCGGAGCCUGGGGGCCCCCAGGCUGGGGAGCCACCACCACCAUUGGCAGGUGACAAACCCCACAAGUGUCCUGAGUGUGGGAAGGGCUUCCGCCGAAGCUCUGACCUGGUGAAACAUCAUCGUGUGCACACAGGGGAGAAACCUUACCUCUGUCCUGAAUGCGGCAAGGGGUUUGCCGACAGCUCGGCCCGAGUCAAGCACCUGCGCACUCACCGUGGUGAACGGGCCCGGCCCCUACCACCGUCCACUCUCCUGCGGCCACAUAACCCACCUGGCCCAGCACCCAUGGCCCCUCGACCUCGAGUUCGGGCCCAGCCUUCUGGACCUAGCCAGCCCCAUGUGUGUGGCUUCUGUGGGAAAGAGUUUCCCCGGAGCUCUGAUCUGGUCAAACAUAGGCGCACACACACUGGGGAGAAGCCAUACAAGUGUGCAGAGUGUGGUAAGGGUUUUGGUGACAGUUCUGCUCGUAUAAAGCACCAGCGUGGGCACCUAGUCCUAAGGCCCUUUGGGAUAGGGGAUAGUAGGGGAAGGCCCCUCAAGGAGGAACAACCAACAGAACUGGAAUGAUGGGGUCGGGGAGGGUGGGGCCCAGGUGACCAAAGGGAAGGCAUCUGCUUAAGCAGAGAAGAAAGGGCCUGGGACAGGUGGUGGGAGGGAGAAGGGGGAGAGAUGGGAGAAAGGAGUGAAUAGAUAGAAAUAGGGAUUGGAGACAAUAACCUUGAAGCUCAGGAAAUUGUCCUGGCUGGGCUCAGUCAGGACCUUGCCAGUAUGGGCUGUACUCCCAGCUUCUAGAUCACUGCCUAGCACACAGUAGGUACUCAGUAAAUACUUAUUGAAUAAAUAAACUGGCCUU